CAUUGCCGGCUAAUGGUCUUGACCCUUUAGCAACAGGCAUCCGUUGAUCCGAAUUACGAUAAACAUAAGAGGAGAUCAUCUCGAGGAACAAGUCGUCUCAUUCUCUCAGAAGCUCGUCUCAUCCGCAGCACCACGAGCCUCCUCUAAACCCAAGAUCAUCUCUCACCAGCAACCAUCAUGGCUUUACGCGCCUCGCUCCUCCUCCUCGCCGGCACGGCCCUAGCCAUGCCCGCCGACACAAUCUCCAUCCGACAAGCCGACUGCGGCAAAGCAAAGACAAACAUCCCAGCCGUCAACGACGCAAAGCUCCCAGACCCCUUCACCUUCGCCGACGGCUCCAAAGUCACCACAAAAGCAGACUGGACCUGCCGCGCCACCGAGAUCCAAAACGCCAUGGAGCAGUACGAGCUCGGAGACUUCCCCCCGCCCCCGGAUAAAGUCGAGGCCUCCCUCUCCGGCAACACCCUCUCCGUCAAAGUCACCGUCGGCACAAAGAGCAUCAGCAUGACCGCCUCCGUCACGAAACCCUCCGGCACGGGUCCCUUCCCCGCCAUCAUCGGCGUCGGCGGCGCAAGUAUCCCCAUCCCCGGCACCGUAGCGCAAAUCACCUUUGGCAACGACGCCUUUGCCGCCCAAAACGGCCAGGCCAGCAGAGGUCAAGGCCUCUUCUACACCCUCUUCGGCCAGCAACACAGCGCAGGCGCCCUGACGGCGUGGGCGUGGGGCGUAGGCCGACUCAUCGACGGCCUCGAGCAGCUCGGCGACGCCAAAACCGGCAUCGAUACCAAGAGGCUAGGCGUGACGGGCUGCUCGCGCAACGGCAAAGGCGCCUUCGUCGUCGGCGCGCUGGAGAAGCGCAUCGCCCUCACCAUCCCCCAAGAAUCGGGCUCGGGCGGCGCGGCGUGCUGGCGCAUCUCGGACAGCGAAAAGGCCAAGGGGAAAAACAUCCAAACGUCAAGCCAGAUCGUCGGGGAGAACGUCUGGUUCUCGCCCCUGUUCAACACGUGGGCGACGAGGUCGUCGCAGGUGCCCGAGGACCAUCACCUGCUGGCCGGGCUCGUUGCGCCGCGGGGUUUGUACGUGGCGGAGAACGAUAUCGACUGGUUGGGCCCCGUGUCGACGACGGGCUGUAUGAAGGCCGGGAGGCUCAUUUACCAGGCUCUCGGGGUGCCGGAGAAUAUGGGGUUCUCGUUGGUCGGCGGGCAUAACCAUUGCCAGUUCCCGAGCGGGCAGAAUGCCGAGUUGACGCAGUAUAUCAACUACUUCUUGCUCAACUCCGCGACCAAACCGUCCAUCCUCGAGCGCAGCACUGUUAAUGUUAACGUGAAGGAUUAUGCUACAUGGUCGGCGCCGACGCUGACUUGAAGAAGAAGAAGAAGAAGAAGAAGGCCGGCGUCGGAGAAGUCGUGGAUUCCAUUGGGAGUGAAGCGCAAAGGGCAUUCGGGGAGAAAUU